CUGCCGGCCUUGGCUGAACAUGCUCGUAUACUGACACCUUUGACGACAAAAGCCGCCGAGCUCGCCUUCCCUCUCUGGUCGGCAGAACAUGAAAGGGCCUUCAAUGCGAUCAAGGAACUCGUCACUAGUCCGCACUGCCUGACGACUAUCGAUCACGAUAACCCCGGAGACAACAAGAUCUUUCUGACUUGCGACGUGUCCGACUACCGGACAGGCGCUGUU